AUGAAUCAAGUCAAACAGGUUCUCUUUCCCAGAAGUAAAUGUGACAGGGAAUUGAAAGGAUCUUUUAAAUUCCACUUCCUCAACUACACAGACGUUACAGAGAGACAUGAGUUACCACGUACUGUGUUUUUGUUACUUUUGUUCUGCAUCAUGUCCAACGUGUGGGGUUCUGUUUUGAAACACUCACUGAAAUAUUUCAGCACUGGAUCCUCUGGAGUCUCAGACCUUCCAGAGUUUAUGGCUGUUGCAUUGAUUAAUGGCGUCCAGGCUGGAUACUGUGAUGGCAUCAACAAGACAUUUAUAGUAAAACUGGACUGGGAGAAAAAAGUUUUGGAUAAUGAUCCUGAUCAAUUAGAGUACUACACUAACCAGUGUUUUGUGGUGUAUCCUCACAACUUCAAACUUGCAAUGACCUGUCUGAAGCAGAUCUUCAACCAAAGUGAAGGUGUUCACGUUUUACAGCUUUUGGAAGGCUGUGAAUGGGAUGAAGAGACUGGAGAGGUUACUGGUUUCUUAAAGUAUGGUUAUGAUGGAGAAGACUUCAUUGCUCUGGAUCUGAAGACAUUAAAAUGGAUCGCUCUCAAACCUGAGCUCAUCUACACCAAACUGAGAUCGGAUUCAGACAUAGACAAUAUAAAAUUCAUUGAGCAUUUCUACACUCAGCUUUGUCCUAAGUGGUUGAAGAUGUAUUUACAGUAUGGGAAGAGCUCUCUGUUGAGAACAGACGUCCCCUCAGUGUCUCUCCUCCAGAAGACUCCCUCCUCUCCAGUCAGCUGCCACGCUACAGGUUUCUACCCUGACAGAGCCAUGAUGUUCUGGAGGAAAGAUGGAGAGGAGAUUCAUGAAGGAGUGGAACAUGGAGACAUCCUCCCCAACCAUGAUGGAUCCUUCCAGAUGAAUGUUGACCUGAACAUUUCAUCAGUCUCACCUGAAGACUGGAGGAGGUACGACUGUGUGUUUCAUCUCUCUGGUGUGGAGGACGACAUCAUCACCAAACUGGAUGAAACACAGAUCAGAACCAACUGGGGUAAGAGGACAUGGAUGUGGUUUGUUGGAUAUUUAAGGCCUUGUCCUGCAAUGAAGCCCAGUAACAUGACCACCAUCAUCAUCUCUGUAGUGGUUGUUGUUGUAGUCUUUGCAGCAGCUGCUGGAUUCAUGGUUCAUAGAAAGAAACAAAUAGUGAAGAAGCUCUGA